GCUCUCUGGCUUCUUGCUGCUAACACAUCUUUCCUUCUUCUGGGUGAAUGAAGCCUGAUGAUCUGCCUCAGUGAAUAGCAGAUUGCUACAAAGAAUGAGUGAAACUACAUCAACCAACAUCUCGGUUGCUCAAGCCAACUCCACGGACAGUGUACAGGCAGCUUCCACACGCCAUUCGCGAAUGACAGAUCCUGGUUUCACCAAGAGAUUAUGUUUCUACAAAAGCGGAGACCCAAGGUUUAGUGGAAUAAAAAUGGUUGUUUCCAACCGAUCCUUUAAGACCUUUGAUGCUUUGCUGGACAGCCUCUCUAAGAAAGUUCCUCUUCCUUUUGGAGUUAGAAAUAUAACAACUCCACGUGGCAUACACCGCAUAACCGCUCUAGAAGAACUAGAGGAUGGUAAAUCCUACAUUUGCUCCCAUCAGAGAAAAAUAAAGCCUAUUAACCUCGAACGAGCCAGUAAGAAGCCAUUGCUGUGGCAGAGUAGUAGGCCUCUCAGCGCUCGACGCCGAGCUGUGCAGCUUGCAAGGCAUAAUGAAGUUGCACCAUUUCAAAGGGAAAACACUGUUGUGCUCGGAGGCUCACAGAAUUUUGUGAUAUUUAAGAAUGGGGAUAAACAGCAUAAACUAAAUUUAGUGCUGAACAAGAAAUCGAUGCAAAACUUUGAUGUACUUCUGGAUCAGAUUUCUGAAGUUAUGCAAUUUCCUGUUUACAAACUCUACAGCACGGAUGGAAGGAGGAUUCUUAACUCUCAUGCUCUCCUGCUGAGUUCCGGAAAGAUAGUGGCAGCUGGCAGAGAACCUUUUAAGCAAGGAAAUUAUGAGCCUGAGAGGGAAUUUCUACCUGCUAAAUUACCUGGGAUCUCCCAUCGUGUAUUUCCCAAAUCCCGACCAAAACCAGAAAUGAAAAGCCCUGGAAAAUGGAAAGUAUCUAUUUUCACUGGUGAAAUGGCAUCUGCCGGGACCACAUCACAAGUGUACAUCGUAUUCUAUGGACACCUUAGAGCAUCGGCUCCUGUGUUUCUGUACAGUACUGAAAAAGAUAUAUUCCAGAGUGGCCAUGAAGAUACAUUUGAUAUUAACAUAGGAGACAUUGGAGAAGCAUAUAAAAUACGAAUUGGACAUACAAAUUCUGGAGAUUCCCCAGGAUGGUAUUGUGAAGAGGUGCAACUGUUGAAUAUUUUCACAAAUGAACAAUUCUGUAUCAAAGUAAAUCGCUGGCUUUCACAUGACAAAGAUGAUGGAGAAAUCUGCAGGGAGAUUCCUGUGCCCAAGAAUGGUCAUUCCAAAUUGCCAUUGACAAAGUACAAAAUUGAGGUGGUAACAGGUGACUUGUGGAAUGCUGGAACAGAAGCCAAUGUGUAUAUAUCACUGCAGGGGCAAUAUGGUGACACAGGCUCCAGACAACUACACAAAUCAAACAAGCCAAACCCAUUUAUUAAAGGACAAACUGAUUCUUUCUUUCUGGAAGCUGUUCAUCUUGGUGAUUUGCACACAAUCAUCAUAGGCCAUGAUGGACUUGAAUCAGGGAAUGGCUGGUACCUGGAGAAAGUAAUUGUCCAUGAUGAAGUAUACGAUAAAGAGUAUACAUUCCUCUGUUACAGGUGGUUAGAUGAAGGAGAGGAAGAUGGGAAAAUUGUGAGGAAGCUGUCUGUCACAAAGGAAGCUGAUUUCCCAGCCAGGUUGGAACUUGAAGUGAAGAAGAAAGAAAUGUGGACUGCUGAGCGAUGGAAGUAUCAGAACCAGAACUCUGUCCAGUUUUACUGCAAAGCAACAGGAAAAUUUAUCCGUCUUACUCCAGAUGGUAGAGUGGAUGCACUUGGAGACAAAAAAGAUAAAUAUGGUUUUUUUGACGUAUUGAUAAAAAGAGGAAAGGUGCGUGUUUUCAGAAGUCAUCACAUCCGACAUCUCGCUUUGGCAAUUGACAAGGGAAUGGUUGCUGCAAUGGACAACAGCGGUAUUCUGUGUGAGCUUCAGCUUCAUAUUCAGGUAGAUCGCUCCAUUACUCUGGAAUCCACCAGAAUGCCAGGGAUGACCAUUUCCUUUAACAGUGAUGGUGAACCAGCAAAUGAUGACACGAGAGGCUAUGCAGACAUUGCUAAAGAAUUCUUCCUACAUGUUAAGGGCAUGUUCCAUAGCGGUGCAGUAGUUUUACUAGCCACUAAUUGGAGCCAGGCUUUGUGUCUGAGAUCUGAUGGGUCCUGCAGUGGUGCUGGAAAGCAGAAAGUGGAAUCCUACUGGAGAGUGCAUAAAGUCGGUCCUGCAGUGUGCAUGUUUGAGAAUGUAACCCAUCCUAGAAAGUUUCUGCGGAUUAAAUCUGGUAUUUGUGAUGGAGAAGGUACAGGCGAUGAAUAUUGCCAAUUUAAAGUGGAGAAAAAAUAUGAAAACGGAUCAGUGACGCUAGAAAGUGUAAGAAGUAGAGGAAUAUACAUUGGGCUACUUCCUAAUGGAUUUGCAAAGCCGAUGAUACACACAGGAGAAAACAACAUUGUUUUUUACCCACAAGUUAUCAAAUUUGGCAGAGAAAAGCCUACAGGGACCUCUGCAACUCUCAGACAGAAAAAGGAAGAGAUUCUGCCUCAAGAUGAAGUAAUAGAGGAAACACAAGGUCCAGUGGCUCAGAGCCCAUCAGCAUCUCCUCCCUCCAGCAAAAAUGCUGAAAUUCAGAAGUCCUCUCAAUAUUCAGCAAAUGACUGGAAAGUGUCCAUAUUGACUGGAAGUGCUGGAACGUCAGCCACUGUAACCCUUUGGGUGUAUGGAAGCAAAGGGUCCACAGGUCCUAUCACUCUUGGAAAAGGCAAUAACAACUAUCUCUUUCGGGCUAGACAAGAAGAUGAAUUCAUAGUGAAAAUACCAGAUAUUGGAAAACUUUACAAGAUCAGGAUAGGACAUGAUGGAAGAGGGGAUCAUCUUGAAUGGGAGUUGAAACAGAUAACUCUCCAGAAAAUGAAAAAUGGAAGAACAUAUACUUUUGAAGCCAACAAGUGGUUGUCCAAACAUCAUAGAAAUGGGGAUCUGAUGUGUGAGCUCCCAGUUGUUGAAGAUGGUGCUGAGAUUUAUCCGGUUGUGAAAUACAAGAUUAACGUCUACACAGGACAUCUAGAACAAGCAGGCACCGACUCUCCAGUUUAUAUCUGCUUGUAUGGAGAACAAGGAGACUCAGGACAAAGAGUUUUGUUCAGACCAGGCUUUCUCAAUCCCUUCCAGAAGGGGCAGGUUGAUGUGUUUGAAAUUGAAGCUGUGUCACUUGGGAAGCUUCAGAGAGUGCUCCUCGGCUGCGAGGCCAAUCACAAGUCACAGUACUGGUAUUGUGAGAAAGUAAUCAUCAGGGAACAGGGCGAACUCUCUGAAUAUAUCUUCAAUUGUGAAAGAUGGAUUCCAUAUAUGUCAAAAGGAGCUCUUCAUUCAGAAAUUGAACUACUAAAGCAAGAAGAGGAAUUACCUUCUGAAGUUGGACACCCGACCAAAGCCAAUGAAGGAGAAUGGAAGAUCACACUUGUGACUGGCAAUUUCCCCAAUGCUGGCACUGAUGCUACAGUAUUCCUAUAUGUCUACGACACAGAAGGAAGCUCUGGCCCCAUAAUGUUGGGAUCAGGGAGUCAUCAACUGUUUAAUGUGAACAGUGCAGAUACGUUCCAGAUAAAUUUAAAAUACUUGCAUAAACCAUAUAAAAUACGCAUCGGGCAUGACAAUUCAGGAGAUGAUCCAGCCUGGUAUCUUGAGGAAGUAAAACUGUAUAAUUUAUCAUCUAACCAAGAGUUCUACCUGCCAGUAAAUCGAUGGCUUGGAGAGAAACAUGACGAUGGAGAUACCUGGAGAGAGUUUCCUCUGUCAGCAGAUGCAAAAGAUCUUUUAGAGGUGCUGGACUAUGAAAUCCAAGUGUACACAGGUGCCAUAUCUGAUGAUGCUGCCGAAGCCAAUGUUUAUAUCCAUGUCUUUGGGACCAGAGGGGAUUCUGGGAAAAGGAAAUUACAUAAAUCUAAAUUCCAAACUAUGAAAUUCAAAAAAGGACAGGUUGAUAUAUUUUCUAUUCAAGCUGUUUCAUUGGGGACAUUGAAGAAAAUCAAGAUGAGCUGUGAUGGAGGGAAUGGUUGGUUCUUGGAUAAAGUCAUCAUACAAUAUACAGAAGAUGGAAAUCUUCACAAAGUUCUAUUUCCAUGCAACAGAUGGCUUGAUAAAAAUCAGGAAGAUGGGAGAACAGAAAGAGAUCUUCUUGCUGCAGAAAGGGAAAAUUCGAAAGAAGACACUGAUGGUAAGAAACACAGCGCCCAGAUGAGAUAAUCAAACAGGGAAAUUAGCAUAUGCAAAGUCAUAUUGAAGUAAAAGAAUAAAACAAGCACAUCAAUGCUAAGCGGAAGUAUAAAGUGCCUGGAUACAUAAACAAGAUACCAGGAUGUGGUUUAAAAUACAAUAUAUUUUUAGGUUCACGCUUUUUCCUAUACUAAAAGAGA